UCCUCGCGAUCCCGGCCACCAUUAGCAAGCACUACAGCUCGCUACCUCUGUUGUCGACGCUUGGAUUCUCUCUCUGGGAGGAAGCUAAGAUUUGGAUUUCUCAAUCUGCCGAGCGAACUAUAGGUAGCUAGCUGUAGGUGUUUGCUGGGCGCGCUGCGCGCCAUGGCCGGCGAGUCGUCCUCCCCAGCUUCUUACAUCCGAUUGGUGCAGCACCUGAUCGAGAAGUGCAUCUGCUACGACAUGGACAAGGAGGAAUGCGUGAAGGCGCUGGAGAAGCACGCCAACAUCAUGCCCGCCGUCACCUCCACCGUGUGGAAGGAGCUGGAGAAAGAGAACAAGGAGUUCUUCGAGACGUACAAGAAGGACCAAGGCGGGCAGAGGACCGGUCCUUCGCCGGAGCAGUCGUCUGCUUCAAGGAGCUCAGAUGACAACGAUAACUAGGACGAGAACCAUGCAUAUACGGUCGGAGUAUAUAUAUUGAACGAUGGGGCACGACUGUAAAUAAAUGGCAGCUAGCCACGUACCCCAUGGCGGCUGGCCCAGGUACCGCUGGACGAUCGGUCCGUAUGGUGGACGGUUGGUCGAAAUUCGAAUAGAUUCAGAAUCACCGAUCGGUCGGAGUGUCCAGAGAAGGUCGUUCGGGUGUUGUACAUGUGGAGAAUGGGUGGACAUCCAGACUCCAGAGACGACCUAGAGUAGUGCGUGCUCGCCGUACGUAGUUUGUAAUCUGUACACAUCUCUAGCUAGCUAGCUGGUUGCUGUCAGAAGAAAAGCCGCCCUUGUCUCGUUCC